AUGUGCAGUGACAAUGGUACCACCUUUGUCAGUACGAAUAAGGAGUUGAAGAAAGCAAUGGAGAAAUGGUUGGAUAAGGAUACAUUGGACCAUUUACAUUCGAAGGGAACGAAUUGGAAGUUUAUCACUCCAGCAGCACCUCAUCAAGGAGGGAUUUAUGAGCCGGCUGUAAAAUCGAUGAAGUUUCAUCUAAAAAGGAUUAUUGGGAUCAAAACCUUGUUGUACGAGAAUUUCAUCACAUUGCUUGCUCAAAUUGAAGCAAUUUUAAAUUCUAGACCUUUAUACCCACUGAAGGAUGAUCCAAUGGAUAUGCAGGCUCUGACGCCCGGAUUGAUCUUACCAUUACCAUUCAGUAUAGAUCCAAAACCUACCACGUAG